UUUAAUAUUUCAUUUAUCAGUAGACAGAUACAUGUUGGAUUAUUAGAAUCUGUGGAGGUUGUUUUUGAUAAUGAAAUUGCACCUGUUGGGCUGAUUUUAGUGUUUUUCAUUUAUUUUUCAGUGUGCCUUGUGUUAUGAAGUGCUAACACUGUUCAGAUUAGAAAUACUUUAGCUAUUUAUUACCUUUUACUUUAGUAUCCUGGAGCAGUAGUAGCCUGUGGUGCUGCAGUUGCAUAUUGAAGACAUUAAGCUCAGAUAUCAGUCCCUUGUUUGUGCUACUGUCAUGCAAAGAAUGAAUGGAAUCAUCUCAAGGUUUUUCCUGGCCAUUUCACUUCUCGUAAAAGUAUUUCUUGAACCUGUGCAGGCAUACUGCACAGUGCACCACGGAAUUUCAUGUAUUGUUCUCACAAUUCUUUUUACAGAUGUGAGAAUUGCAUGAAUAUGAAGAACAAUAAUAUUUGCGACUGGAGUAAUAAAUACCUGAAAGUAUUUGAAAGUGGACAUAUUGGCUGAAAAGUGAUAAGCUAACUACGAGCUUACGUUUUACAAGACAUUAUUUAACUGUUUGGAUUAGUUGAACAGAUAUCUACGGACAACAACUGAUAGGGCUUGGCUUUCCCUUGUUGCUUGAAGAAUUUGGCAGCAAAAAAUCCCCCUGAUCUUGGCAACUGUUUCUUGCUGAACAGCAGUUGUUGUUUCUGGAAUGGAAGAAGUUCCUUUUGCCAAAUUUACAUCAGAUAACUAAAACUUCAACAGUUCACGUGGAGUUAAAGCCUGCAGUUGCGUUACAUAAACUACAGGUGCACAACUGGAACUCGAUAUUACUGCAUAAUGGGUUACAAAGCGACAUCCAUGCAUUGUGCCUUAAGAUGCCUGUGCUUCAUGCUUCUCCAUUUGUUUAGUGCAGCUCAAGAUGAAGACCUAAGAAGUUGUAGGACUGCACCGGGUGAUUUAGUCUUUAUUUUAGACGGUUCGUGGAGUGUUGAAGAUGUCAAUUUUGAAAUAGUAAAGCGAUGGCUUGUCAACAUAACAACAAGCUUCAACAUUGGACAGAAGUUUACCCAGGUUGGAGUUGUCCAGUACAGCGAUGACCCUGUUUUAGAAAUACCUCUGGGGAAGUACUCCUCUAACAAAGACCUCAUCAAAGCGAUGGAGUCCAUUGAGUACAUGGGGGGGAACACAAGGACAGGGACAGCCAUUAAGUUUGCUACAGACAAACUGUUUGGCCUGUCUGAACGCGGCCCAUUAGGCAUUUCCAGAAUUGCUGUUGUCCUCACAGAUGGGAAGUCUCAAGAUGAGGUUUUGAAGGCCGCAGAGGCAGCAAGGAAAAAAGGUGUCAUUAUGUUUGCAAUCGGUGUUGGGUCAGAGACAGAAGACGACGAGUUGAGGGACAUUGCAAACAAGCCAUUUUCAACUUAUGUCUUCUCUGUUGAGGACUACAAAGGGAUUUCCAGGAUCAUACAGAUCAUACGGCAGAAACUGUGUGAAGAGACAGUUUGUCCAGCAAGAAUUCCUGUAGAUUCCCGCGAUGAGAAGGGUUUUGAUAUUCUGUUCCAUUUAAAUUUAGCAAAAAAAACAAAGAAGACACAAGGAGCAUUUUACGGCACCAAGGCCUAUGAAGUGACAUCUCGUGUCGACUUGAGUGAAGCUACGCGGAACCUUUUUCCUGAUGGGUUGCCUCCAUCCUAUGUUUUUGUUGCCACACUGAGGUAUAAAGGAUCAGUGGCAAUAGAGGAGUGGGACGUGUGGAGAAUACAGACGCGAGAUGGGAAACCUCAGAUGGCGGUGACACUAAAUGGACUGGACCGCACCGUCAUGUUCACGACGACCAGUGAAGCGCCAAGUGGAACUCAAACUGUUACAUUUUCACAACAGACAGCACGGAAGCUGUUUGAUGAGAAAUGGCAUCAGCUGCGGCUGCUGGUCACUGAAGAGGAUGUUACUCUUUAUGUCGAUGACCUGGAAAUUGAAACCCUAUCCUUGGAGCCCCCUGUCGGCAUUUUCAUCAAUGGAAAAACCCAAGUUGGAAAAUAUGUCAGAAAGGAAACAACAGUGCCAUUUGAAAUUCAGAAACUUCGCAUUUACUGUGACCCUGAGCAGAAUACUCGAGAGACAGCGUGUGAAAUACCAGGAGUUUGCUCCAUCAGAACUGAUUACAGUGAACCAACUCAAGAACCUUGUGUUUGUCCUCCUGGACCGCCUGGACUUCCAGGAAUAAAGGGAGAACAAGGAAAUACUGGCAAACCUGGUCAGCCUGGACCUGUUGGUGCUGAUGGUAAGCCUGGUAUCCCUGGCAUUAGAGGAAGCCCAGGGGUGCCAGGUCCACCAGGAGUAGAGGGUCCACGUGGACCGGAUGGGUACAAAGGCGAGCAAGGGAGGCCUGGUGUUUCGGGUGAGAGGGGUAUGCCUGGAUUACAAGGAUCACCUGGACUAACAGGAGAGAAGGGCUCAACUGGAUCCCCGGGAAUAGCAGGUUUACCGGGAAAAGCUGGUCAAGUGGGAGAAAAAGGAAGUAUGGGACCUUCUGGGCCACCAGGUUAUCCAGGAGAACCUGGCCUACCUGGGAGAGAUGGAAAGGAUGGAUUUCCAGGGAGUCCUGGUCAAAAGGGAGAAACUGGGGCCAGUGGUAUUCCUGGUGCUGAUGGAAGGGAAGGCCAUCCUGGUAUGCCUGGAUUGCCAGGAAUUGCAGGCCUGAACGGACAAAAGGGGGAAGCUGGUUUGCCAGGACCCAGGGGCUUCAAAGGAUCAACUGGGCCACCUGGUGAGAUGGGUUUACCUGGUGCACCUGGUUUAAAAGGACCAAUUGGAACCAAGGGGAAUAAGGGCGAAAGUGGCAAUCCAGGUACACAAGGAUCACCAGGGCCUGUGGGGAGUGCAGGUGAACCAGGAAUAGCAGGUCAGCCGGGGCACCCUGGCAUGCCAGGCCUGAAGGGCAGCAAGGGACAAAGAGGAAAUGCAGGUGAGAGAGGAGAGACGGGAAUAAAAGGUGAAAAGGGAGAGCAUGGCUGGCCAGGGGAACAUGGCUCCACUGGUCCAAUGGGACUAAAAGGAGAGAAAGGGACAGCAGGGGAUCCAGGGCAGAGAGGUCAAGAAGGUCAAGUGGGACGGCCUGGACAGUCGGGUCAGUCAGGCCUACCUGGGCCCCGGGGGCUGCAGGGGGACACAGGUCCACCAGGCCCACCUGGACCUGAAGGAAGAUCUGCUAGUGAAAUGUCAGACAAUCACAUUCGGCAAAUCUGCAGAGAGAUUCUUCUGUCCGAGCUGCCUUUAUUGUUGCUGGGCAGCCAGCAGAGUAGCUGUACCAGAUGUCAAAGCCGGCCUGGAUCUCCUGGUCCUCCAGGACCAACUGGGUCCCAAGGACUCAGGGGCCUUCCUGGACUUACUGGCUCCAGGGGACCACCGGGCCACCCUGGUCGGCCAGGGCACCCUGGUAUUAAUGGGCUGAAAGGGGAACCAGGUUUCGACGGUGAGAAGGGGAGCCCUGGUCGAACCACCAUUGGAGACCAAGGGCCACCCGGGCCUCCGGGUCCAAUGGGUCCCCAGGGGUACAGUAAGCCAGGUCCUCCAGGUAAGCCUGGACCCCCUGGUCUAAACGGAGCAGAGGGCAAAAGUGGUAGUCCUGGCAUCCCUGGUGAGCCUGGGGUGUGUGAUCCAUCCAUGUGCUAUGGUAGCAUGAUGAGACGGGAUCCUUACAGCAAAGGGCCAAACUAUUGACGUAAUGUAGCGUCACAGCAGGCACCAGUCUAGAGCUGAUGUGGAACAAACAGCCAUUCUCAGGAAGCUCUCAUCUUCACAGUUUCUCUCUGUCGUGGAAACAAAACAGACCUCUUCUUACACCUUUUAUGUGAUCUCACAAUCAACAGAACUAGAUCCUGUCAUAUUUUCUCUGUUGAUAUUUUUUAUUAUUUUUUACAUGUCUUCGAGCAUGUUUUGAGGUUUCAUUGGUGUUAAGAGAAUUAAUAAUUGGCUCCAUUUAAUGCCUCUCAUCUGAGCACCUUGAACUCAUGUCCUGUAUGUGUUUGUGGCCAGUGUGGCUGGUCCUUUUUCCCAUAUUGGCCCCUGGUGUUGCUUCGUUGCAUGUCGCUCUCUAGAUUUUCACUGCACUUGGUUGUGUGGUUGGUUGUGUUCCAUUCCAAAAAACACAACUUCUGUAAUACAUAAAUUCUAUGUUGGAUCAAAAUGGUUUCAGCACAAGACUGUGAGCUUGAUUUCCUGAAGCUGAUUAUGAGCUGCUGUAAGCCUGUGUUCCUAAAGCAUUCAAACUGACUGUUAAGCACUUAACCCUCUACGAAAACCUUUUUACAACAGCUAAUAUUGUGUAUCACGCAAGAUAAAGGAACCCCCCCAUAUCACAAUACCCAUUCAUUCAUUCAUUCUCGUGUCAUUUUAUUCCAAUUAGGAAGUAAAAAGUUUUACCAUCUAAGAACAUGCUGACAUUUUAGUUUCAAAUGUUAUCAUGUAUGUCCCUGUGGCUUACCUUUCAUUACUGUAGCAGGUAUUUCAUUGUUAUUUAUAAAAAAAGAGUCAUAACUAUGUAUUUCAGCAGUGACAUGUCUUAAACAGCUCUUGUAAUUUUAUUUUUUUUAAGUGACUUUUGUAUGAAUCUUUUUUUUUUUAAACUAGAAUUAAAAUAUCUUAAUGAUUUGUGAA